AUGAAGUGGGCGCCGUUGAUUUUCAUGUUUUUGUUGUAUGUGGUAGCAUUAGCUACAAGUGACGAUGCUUUACCAUUGGCCGAGCCGUGCGAUGAAGAGAAAUGUAAGCUCCCAGAAUGCAGAUGCUCUACAACCAAAAUCCCCGGUGAUUUAAAGCCCUUUGAAGUUCCUCAGUUUGUUAUGCUGACAUUUGACGAUGGUAUAAACAUUGUCAAUGUAGAAACCUACCGUGAUAUUUUGUACGGCCGUAAAAACUCCAACCAGUGCCCAAUUGGAGUUUCCUUCUACAUCAGCCACGAAUACACGAACUAUGAGGUCGUCAACGAACUGUAUAAUGAGGGCUUUGAAAUGGCUCUUCAUUCCAUUUCCCACGUUAACCAGACCUAUUUCCAAGAAGCUGACUAUGAUAGAAUGAUGAAGGAAUUCGGAGAUCAGAAAAAACUGAUGUCCAACUUCGCUGCUAUUCCUGAAUCUAGUAUUCAAGGUUUACGCAUUCCAUUCUUACAAAUGGCCGGCAACAGUUCUUUCCAAAUGAUGAAAUCUGCUGGAUUACGAUAUGACAUAUCCUGGCCUACAACCAGAUUCACCGAUCCUGGUCUUUGGCCUUACACUUUGGACUACCAGUCUAUCCAGGAUUGUAUCAGUCCUCCAUGCCCUACUGCAUCUCUGCCUGGUUCCUGGGUGGUGCCUAUGAUUGCGUGGACAGAUUUAUCUAACUUCCCUUGUGCUAUGGUUGAUGCCUGCUUCAGCCCACCUGGUGCCAACGACGAGGAAACUUGGUUCCGUUUCAUUAUCGACAACUUCGAACGUCACUACCUUGGCAACCGGGCACCUUUCGGCUUCUACAUUCAUGAAGGCACCGUUCGCACACAGCCUGGUCUCAGACGGGCCCUCAUCCGCUUCAUGGACAUGAUCAAUUCUAUGAGCGAUGUUUUCAUGGUAAACACCAGUGAAAUGUUAGACUGGGUACAAGACCCAGUACCUCUAGGAGAGUACAUCAAGAAGCCGUGCAGACUCACAAUCCCAGCACGUUGCCGUCCUGCUAGCUGUGGACCCCUAGUUGCUCCUCAUAAAGAGGAGCUGUUCUAUAUGCAAGUAUGUUCAAGAUGCCCUCGCACCUACCCCUGGCUGGGAAAUCCUCUCGGAGAAUAA